CAUGCUUAGAACUCAUAAACAUAGGAGAGCAAAUCCACCCUCUCUCUCUCUCUCUCUCUCUCUCUCUCCAUGGUGAGAACUCAUAAACAUCGCUAAGAAAUCCUUCUGAUCUUUCUCCUCUCUCUCUUCUCUCUCUUUUGAAUUGUGAGCUGUGAUAACAGAGAUGGCUGAGAUUGCAGGAGCUAAUGGUAACCAUGGAAUGUCUUUGAAUAUAAAAGAUGAUGAUAUGAAUCACGAACUCCCAACCUCUUUCCCCAAAACCAAUGAAGACUCCAGCUGCUGCAGUUUUAUCACUAUUCCUUUCCUGCAAAAGUUGGUCGCGGAAGUGUUAGGGACAUACUUCUUAAUAUUUGCGGGUUGUGCGGCGGUGGUGGUGAAUUUAGACAAAGACAAGGCGGUGACGUUCCCCGGAAUAUGUAUAGUGUGGGGGCUGGCAGUGAUGGUGCUGGUUUAUUCAGUUGGGCACAUCUCUGGUGCCCAUUUUAACCCUGCAGUCACCAUUGCUUUUGCUACUUGCAAGAGGUUCCCCUGGAAACAGGUACCAGCUUAUAUAAUAGCUCAAGUCCUGGGAUCAACUCUAGCAAGUGGAACCCUUAGAUUACUUUUCAACGGUGACCAAGAUCAGUUUGCCGGAACCAUUCCCACUGGUUCUGACGCACAGUCUUUCGUGUUAGAAUUCAUAAUCACAUUCUACCUCAUGUUUGUCAUCUCUGGCGUUGCAACCGAUAACCGAGCUAUUGGAGAACUUGCUGGGCUUGCCGUUGGAGCUACUGUCUUGCUAAAUGUGAUGUUUGCAGGGCAAAUAUCAGGAGCUUCAAUGAAUCCAGCAAGAAGUUUGGGGCCAGCAAUUGUGUCAAACAAGUACAAGGGUAUAUGGAUAUACAUACUUGCACCAACAUCUGGGGCUAUAGCAGGUGCUUGGGUGUACAAUCUCAUCAGGUUCACCGACAAGCCCUUACGUGAACUUACCAAGAGUGGCUCUUUCCUCAAGAGCGUAGGACGCAGUGGUUCCAAUUGACAAGCUCGUUUCGUUACAUUUGUAUUCUUUUUUUUUCUUUUUUUUUUUAUUUAUUUAUUUACAUUAAUAUUGAAAGUUGUAAUGUGUCAAAUAGCACACACAGUUAGUACUUGUUUCCAUUAAUGAAUUUGUGGCAUUCUGAAGAAUUUAGGAGCUUUUGUAGAGGCCCCAAUCAUAUGCAAAUUCAUAAGUGGAAAUAUAUCAUUCAAUUGCUAUGUACCAUGGACAAUUGUUUUAUUGUUAACAAUAUUGUUUAGCCACUUAA